AUGGCCAAGUCGCAGAAACAGUCGGUCCUCAUCACGGGCUGCAGCGAGGGCGGCAUCGGGUUCGCGCUCGCCCAGGAAUUUCACCGCCGGGGCCUUCGCGUCUUUGCGACGGCGCGCAACCUCGGGAAAGUCCAGCACCUGCGCGAUGCCGGCCUGGAGGUCAUCCAGCUUGACGUCGUGGAUCCGGCGUCGAUACGCAGCGCCGUUGAGAACGUGUCGCAACUCACAGGCGGCGCGCUCGACAUACUGGUCAACAAUGCCGGGAACGGUUACCAGAUACCUAUACUCGACGCCGACCUGGCCGAGGCGCGGCGGCUCUUUGAAGUAAACCUCUUCGGAGUGCUGGCCAUGACACAAGCGUUUGCGCCCCUGCUUGUUGCUGCUGCCACCAAGGGCAGCAAGCCGCGAAUUGUAAACAUCGGCUCGGUCGUCUCCCGUGUGCCGGUCCCGUGGGGAGGCGUUUAUAACGCUUCGAAAGGAGCACUGGCCAUUCUCAACGAUACCAUGCGGCUGGAGCUGCGCCCGCUCGGUAUCGAGGUGCUCCAUGUCGUGACGGGUGGCAUCGCGACCAAGUUCUACACCAACAGCGGCGGCCAGAAAUUGCCAGAGGGCAGUCUGUACUCUCCUAUCGCAUCUCACAUCGAGGCGAACGUGGGAGGUGGCGAGGCCAAGGCUAAGCAGACCGUCACGGCGGAGACCUAUGCUCGCAAGGUUGUGGGCAAUGCCUUGAGCAGUCGUCCGACCACGACUAUGUGGAUAGGCGGCAUGUCUUUUAUAUCCUGGUUCGGAAUCAAGUUCGGUUGGGAUUCUGUGCGUGACUUGAUCAUCACUCGGAUGUUCAGUAUGGCCUCGCUGGAGAAGAAGCUCAAGGAGUCAAGACAGCUCCCAAAAGCUUAA